AUGGUCAUUGAUGAGGAUAACAAAGGUGUUCCUAUUGCAUUCAUUCUUUUUACUCCAUCUAAACAUAAUCGUCUAAUAUCAUCUGGAUAUGAUAGCAAGACUUUAGAACAGCUUUUUACAAUCUUUCGUGAUAGAAUUAGUGAUAAUUAUAAUAAAAAUCAACUUCUAUCUACCUCAAUCAUAUUCAAGCCCCUUGUUGCGAUGACUGACACUGAUGUCAAAGAGCGAAAGCCAUUAGCAAAAAUAUGGCCAGAAAUUAUUUUGCUUCUUUGUUUUUUUCAUAUUAGUCAAUGUUAUAAGAAUGAAAUUAACAAACAAUUAGAUCGUGGUGGUGAUAAUAAGGUAAUUCUGUUGCGAAAAACUGUCAAAAUGUUUUUAAAAAGUACUUUAAAAGAGGCUCAGUCAAUAGAUUGCAAUGAGCAGAUGGCUGGUGAUCUUUUGUAUAGUUGGUGUCUUAAUGGAUGGAUGAAGGCUGCAGAAGUUCUUGGAAUUCCUUUAGAAAAACUUCCUACCACAAAUAAUCACCUUGAGAGAAUGAAUGAAUAUUUAAAAAACAAUCAAUUAAACCGUUUUCAAAGAAAUCAUCAUCUUCUCAGAGCUGAUAUAUUUUACAUAGCACUUGUAUAUGAAGUUAUACCAAAUAUUUUGAUAUUACGAAAUCUUGCUAAGAACCUUGAACAAUUUUUACAAGUGGCACAUUUAUCUCCAAGCACAAAGUAUGAUGAAUCGGCUAAAAAACUACUUGAAAUGGAGAAAGUAAUUAAAUAUGAGGUUGAAGAAAUAAGUGAAAAGAUCUAUGUCGAAGUUGAAUCUGAAACUACUCCAGGGUUUGUUUAUACAACAUGCGUGUAUGGACAGCCAACAGAUAUUUGCUGCCAAUGUUUUGACUUUUUUCAAAUGGAUAUUAUAUGUAAACACCUUCGUGCUGCAGCCCUAUAUCUUAAUAAACUUCGUAAACAAGAGCCAUAUAAACAUUUACCUAAAAUGAUUUUUUCGACUUAUCAAAAAGCUCAAAAUAUUUAUCAUAGUCAAUAUGAUAAUAAGUCGAAAGUACUAGUAGGUUCUGAGAAUGAAGAUGAUAUUAGUAAUAAGAGCAAUGAAGACACAAAUAAUGAAAGCAAUUACUAUAACAAUAAUGAUGAUAAUUGA